CUAGUUCACUUUGUAUAUGCUAGGACACCUGUAAAAGUAUCUCUUCCAGGGCUAAAGUGCCAAAAAAUAUAAGGUGAGGUUGGAGAUGGAGUAUGAUCAAAAAAACCUUGCUUGUCUGUUUUAAACUACGUGAGGGAGGUAAAAAACAUUUAAAGCCUCUAACUUUGAGGGGAACUGGGGGAGAGACUGAACGAGUAGUCGGAGCUGACUCCUUUGUGUUCAGGGCGGGAAUUCUACUUUCAAAUUAUCCAAUGAGAGUGAACAACUUAAUAUCGGCCAAUCAGAUGGAAGACUUUAGCUAUAAAUAACCCCAGAUGAGCGGCGCGCCAGCACUGCAGCUCGUUGUGUUGUCAGAAAAACUUUGUUGGUUUUGAGAAUGGCCCGCACGAAGCAGACUGCGCGCAAGUCGACCGGUGGCAAAGCGCCCCGCAAGCAGCUGGCGACCAAGGCGGCCCGCAAGAGCGCGCCCGCCACGGGCGGCGUGAAGAAGCCGCACCGCUACCGGCCCGGCACCGUGGCGCUGCGCGAGAUCCGGCGCUACCAGAAGUCGACAGAGCUGCUGAUCCGCAAGCUGCCUUUCCAGCGCCUGGUGCGCGAGAUCGCGCAGGACUUCAAGACGGACCUGCGCUUCCAGAGCUCGGCCGUCAUGGCGCUGCAGGAGGCCAGCGAGGCCUACCUGGUGGGGCUUUUCGAGGACACCAACCUGUGCGCCAUCCACGCCAAGCGCGUCACCAUCAUGCCCAAGGACAUCCAGCUGGCCCGCCGCAUCCGCGGCGAGAGGGCCUAGAGACUCUGGGAAGGCUGCAUUCAUUCCACGUAACUGCCGAAAACCUAAAGGCUCUUUUAAGAGCCACCACAGUCUCGAUAAAAUGAGCUGUUGGUUGCUUGACUGCCUUAA